AUGGGCUUGGAAGCUGUAGCCCAGAACUAUGUGGGCGCCGCAGCCCUGGUGGGUUGGCAGGAACAGGAAGCCCACAGUCAGAAAAAACAUUGUUCCAUGGUGCCCUCUAUCGGCUCCACCUACAGAGAGGCCCAACAGGGGGCUCGCGCGCUCAUUUGGGCUCGGCGGCCGGAGAAGACGGGCGCACUGGGCCAGAGCCGCCCCGCAAGGGUUGGGUCGUGGCUGCCGGGGCUCGUCGCCAGAAGGCCUCCUGGGCCGCCCUUCCGCUCUCCCGGGGCUGGGCGGCGCUGUCUGGCUCUUCCUGCCGCGCUCCGGCCACUCCCCCUCCGCCCCUCGCUUGGCCCGGCCGUGGCGGCCGUGCUCUGCACGCAGUGCCUCCCUCGGGCGUGGGUCUGCAGGAGACCCGGACAGGGCAGCGGCCGGCACUACCGCGCCGCGAUUUGCGCAGAGCUGAAGAAGACCCUGACCAUUGAAGAGGUGGCCCCCCGCCCCGUCGGGCCUCACGAGGUCAGAGUUGAUGUCCAUUUCUGUGGAGUUAACUUUGGUGAUAUUUUGAUCUGCCAAGGUCAAUAUCAGGAAAGGCCCCAUCUUCCCUUCACACCUGGAAUGGAGUUUUCUGGGACAGUGUUGGAGACAGGCACAGAUGUCAGCACAGUUAAAGAGGACCUGUGGCAGAUUCCAGAAAAGGUCUCCCUACAAGAAGCUGCUGUCCUCCCUAUAACUUAUGGCACUGCAAUUUUUGCUCUUGAGCAUCGGGCCCAUUCCCAGCCUGGGUUAAGGACUGUGUAGGUGACAGAAGGCUAGAAGAGAAAUUGAAAUUGUUUUAGUGAUGGCAGCAGCUGGAGCCGCAGGCCUUGCGGUGAUGUGACAACAAAUGUUCUUCAGGCCAAGCAUGGCAUGGGAGGGCAGGAUUGUGGUGGUGGGAUUUGCUGGAGGAAACAUUGCUUCUGUACCAGCCAAGCUUCUGCUCCUGAAGAAUGUCUCUGCCGUGGGCCUGUACUGUGAUUGAUACAAAGAAAUGAACUUGCCUGUCUUCUCUAAGAGCCUAUCUUCAGUGCUUCAGUACUGCCAGCAAGGGCACAUCCAACCAUAUGUCGGAAUGGUUUCCAAGCUGGAGGAGGUGAGACACACUUAAGGGAUGUGAUGCAGGUCAAUGAUGCCUUCCUUCAUGUGAAACAGGGGAAAUCCAUGGGCAAGGUGCUUCUCGCUGUUAAAUAAAUCCUCACCUGAGCAGCAAAGUUAACAUGUCCAGAUCAAAACUCCACAUCUUUCCCCAAAACCUGAUUUCCCUUCUGUGUUUCCAAAGGUGUUACCACUUUCCUUACUAAUCCAGGUUUAAAAUCUUGGAGUCACCUCUGAUUCUGUUACAACAGAAUCAACUCCUAACUAGUAUGAUUAUAUAGUUUAUUGUCCAAACCUUUUUGAGAGUAAAAGGGUGCCAUUAGUAAUUAUAUCAGGAAAACAUAUCCCAGACAAACCAGGGUAUAUGGUCAGUCUACUCAAUGCAUCAUGAAAUGCAGUGAUUGCCGAGUUCUGUCAUUCCCACCUCUAAGAUAUCUCUCAUGUCCAUAUCCUCGUCUCCAUUCUGACUAAUUAAGCCUGAACUGCUAUCACCAGUGACCUUCUAACUGCUUUUCCUACCUUUAAACUACUCUCACCUCCUCCAUCCUUGUGAUGCAUUAUUGCCAUGGUAAUCUUCCCGAAGCAUAGCUCUGACUAUGGCCCAUUUCAGAAAACUACAGUGGCUGACCAUUGCCUGAUGGUGGAGUUCAGACCCCUUGAGCUAGCAUUUCAUUAUGACUGUGAUUUUUCCCCGCACCACUUUCCAGCCUUAAGUAUGUACUGAACUUUCCUGCCUCCCUCAUUUUGCCCUGCUUGUGCAAUUUUUUCCACCCUCCAUCUCUGUCAAACGUAAGCCUUCCUGACCUCUAAGACCUGCCUUUGUCAUGUGCCUUUACCCUUAGGCAAGGAGCAGUCUCUUCUCUUCCUCUUGUACCUUCCUGUAGCUUCCCCCAGGAUUUGUCACAUUCUGCCUUGAAUCAUAGAGAACGACAUGUGUAGUGGAGUGAACACAGGCCUCUGAAUCCAAGAUAUGAGUUUAAAUCCUAGCUUUGGAGGUGGUUACUUAAGGUCUCAGUGCCUUCAUUCUUCUCCCUAUAUAAAGUAGAUAUUACAAUAUCUAACUUAGAGAGUCAUUGGGAGCUAUACACGCAGUGAUUGGGUAAAGCACCUGGCAUAUGGCAAGCAAUUAGCAAAUGCUGGUUACUUCUACUUCUUUCUCUUCUCUUUUCCCAGUGUAUCAUAAGUUCCUCGAAAGCAGGCACCAUGUCUGAUUUACCCUUGUAUUUCCCACAGUACUUCCCAUAGUGAGUUACCCUUAGUAAACAGUAAGUUGAAUUGAAUUUAAAUUACCUGUAAGUUUUAAAAUGUGGGAUUAAAUUAAGAAUAUGUUGCUUUGGAAACACCCAAAUGUCUAUCGAUGGAUGAAUGGAUAAACAAAAUGUGGUAUACACAUAAUGGAAUAUUAUUCAGCCUUAAAAAGGAAUGAAAUUCUGACAUGUACUACAAUAUGAUGAACCUGGAAGACAUUAUAUGUGAAAUAAGCCAGACAGAAAAGGACAAAUACUAUAUGAUUCCACUUAUAUGAAGUACCUAGAAUAGUGAAAUUCAUAGAAACAGAAAGUACAGGUUGACAUCCAAAAUCUGAAAUGGGAAACGCUCCAAAAUCUGAAACUUUUUGAAUGCUGACAUGAUGCUCAAAGAAAAUGCUCAUCGGAGCAUUUCAGAUUUUGGAUUUUUGGAUUUGGGAUGCUCAACUGGCAUAAUGCGAAUAUUCCAAACUCUGAAAAAAUCUGAAGUCUAAAACACUUCUGGUCUCAAGAAUUUUGGAUAAAGGAUACUCAAUAUGCAACAUGUAGAAUGUUGGUUGCAAGGUGGGAGGGGAGAACAGAGAAUUAUUGUUUAAUGGUACAGUGUUUCCGUUUG